UGAGGAUAUUUCUAAGCUUGACCAUCAGGGACCAAAUCAGUGGAUUGUUAGAAAAAAAAGAAAAAACAUCUCCGCUGAAUCACGCUUACCCUGCUUUUUUCAUUCUUGCAGUGAGUCGGGAGUGGACCUCAUGCAGCAGCAGGCAGUAUGCAAGGAAUCUCCAGUAUUCCCCGCUUUGACAACACAAGCCCGGUUGACUUUUAAAGAACCAGUGUGGAGAGAUAGAGAGCAGCCUGGGGAGCAUUCAGACCAGCGUGUCUGAGAGUAGAGGAAGGUACUAUUUCUCUGCCUGUGCCGCUCUGCUCUUGUAGCCUCAGGUGCGCGCUCCUCCCUCCACCCAUCAGCACUGCAUCAUCCCAGGGGUGGAUAGGGCCAUGGUGCUGGUGGUUCUUCUGUCUUGCCUCUGCACCCUGCUCUCCCUGCUGACACCGCCCGGGGUGCUAUCAGCCGUGCCCCUGGAGGACUUCUACCCCUUCGGACCGGACAAGGGGGACUCCCAGACUGUGGCUCAGGACGAUGGAGGGUCCCGCUUGGUGGAGAUUUCGGUGGCUUUCCCUUUCUUUGGAGACAAGCACACAGGACUCUAUGUUAACAACAACGGCCUGGUUUCUUUCCUGAGGGAGGUUUCUCAGUUCACACCUGUAGCUUUUCCCAUCUCUGGAGACCGGAGGGUAGUGGCACCAUUUUGGGCCGAUGUAGACAACCGUCGCGCUGGAAAAGUGUUUUACAGAGAGAGCCUGGAGUCGGACAUCCUGAACAGAGGUUCUAAUGAUGUUAGGACUUACUUUUCUGAGUUUCCAAACUUCAACGCUUCAUGGAUCCUCAUCUCCACGUGGUACAGGGUUACUUUCUUUGGAGGCAACUCAAGAACACCGGUCAAUACAUUCCAAGUGGUGCUCAUUACCGAUGGAGAACUUUCUUUCACCAUAUUCCAGUACCAUAACAUCACGUGGACUACAGGCAUGCACGCCACCAGUGGAGGGAACCGGGUGGGUUUGGGGGGCAUUGCAGCACAGGCAGGUUUUAAUGCUGGUGACGGAAAGCGCUACUUCAACAUCCCUGGCUCUCGCACAGCUGACAUUGUGAACGUAGAAGGCACCACCAAUGUAGGAUUCCCAGGCAGAUGGGUAUUUCGGAUCGAUGAUGCAAACGUGGAAGUGGGCAGCUGCAAUAAUUCUGCCUCUGUUUGCCCACACUUGCGUCCUUGUUUGAAUGGUGGUCAGUGCAUUGAUGACUGCAUCACGGGAAACCCCUCCUUCACCUGCUCCUGUCUGGCCGGAUUCACUGGGCGGAGGUGCCAAAUCGAUGUCAACGAGUGCGCCUCCAACCCGUGCCAAAACGGAGGAACGUGUGAAGACCAGAUUAACAGUUUUGUGUGUCAGUGUCUACCGGGAUACACUGGAGUCCGCUGUGAAACUGACAUCGACGAGUGCAAAGACAAACCCUGCUUCAACAGCGCCCAGUGUGUCCAAGGAGUGGGCAACUUCACCUGUGUGUGUGAACCCGGAUACACCGGGCUCCUGUGUGAGAUUGACAUAAAUGAAUGUGACUCGCAGCCCUGCCUGAACGGAGCAGAGUGUGUUGACCACGUGACCAAUUUUACCUGUGUAUGUCCAGCAGCCUUCACAGGACCCCUCUGUGAGACUGAGCUUGUAGUACUUGAGGUGAACACGACCGAAGCAAAUAACCAAACAGAAGAAUGCCUUUGUCAGAACGGUGGCGUCUGUGUGGACCUCAAUGGGACGUGUGAAUGCCCCGCAGGCUACACUGGACUCUACUGUCAGUUUGAAGUAACCCAUACUCCAUGCAGUCACAGCCGGCCCUGUCCCGACGGCGGCCCCUGUCUGGAGUAUGGAGGGACCUACUUGUGCACAUGUCAGACCAGCGGGCCAGAGCUAGACCACAAAGACUACUACCCCUAUGUACAGCCCCAGUCGGUGUGCGACUCGUCUCCGUGUCUGAACGGAGGCUACUGCUACGAGCGAGAUGGAGGCUACAGCUGUGAGUGCAAGCAUGGAUACUGGGGCAAGCACUGCCAGAAAGUUAGACUCAAUACCUGUGCCGCUUUGCCCUGUCGAAAUGGGGGCACGUGUAAAGAAGAGCACGGGAUGUACCACUGUGUGUGCCCCUACCGGUUCACUGGGAAGCACUGUGAAGUCGGAAGACCAGACCCCUGCUCCUCCAGCCCGUGUCUAAAUGGAGGAACGUGUUUUCAUUACAUCGGAAAGUACAAGUGUGAGUGCACAGAGGACUUCUUUGGGAGACACUGUGAGAUCAACAUGAGUCUGACACACGCCUCCCCUGAUGAGGGCUGUGGAGACCCGCCACAUGUUGAACAUGCUGAAGUCCACUUCUCCAAAACCACCCCAGGCUCCAUGGCUGUGUACAUCUGCCAUUCAGGCUUCCAGCCUGUGCCCCGUGCCACUCAGAGCAUCUGCGGUCUGCAGGGAGACUGGAGUCAGCCCCCUGUCUGCGAAGAGAUUAAUGAGUGCCGCUCACAGCCCUGUUUAAAUGGAGCAACGUGUCGGGACCAGGUGGGGUCCUUUCUCUGUGAGUGUGAAAAAGGCUUCAGUGGAAACCGCUGUCAAAAUGCUGUCAGUCAGUGCUCAUCGGACACAUGUAAGAAUGGAGGCACUUGUGAGAAUGAGUCUGGCUCGUAUUUCUGUCACUGUCCUGCAGGAUUUAAAGGACUGCACUGUGAAAAAGAGCAGGAUGUUUGUGACUCCAGCCCCUGUUUAAAUGGAGGAGUGUGUCGAAGCUACAGGAGAAACUAUCUGUGUCUGUGCAAGGAGGGCUUCUUUGGAGAUCAGUGCCAAAUGUUGGAAGACCCCUGCGUGCUCAACCCUUGUGGAAACCGUGGCCUGUGCACCAGUGACAAAAGAGGCAACUACAACUGUGUGUGCAACGUGGGGCACACAGGGAAGGACUGUGAAAAAGACCUCCUGCCACCUUCUGGUCUCCGUGUGGUGCGUGUGGAAGAGAGUGAAGUGGAGUUACGAUGGGAUCCUCCUGAGCCCUCUCAGAGCCUGGUCAGUGGGUUUGCAGUGAAGUACGCUCCUCUGGGGCGUGGCAGUAGAAAGACUGACUUGCUGGACCGAAGACAACACACCCACGUCAUGAGAGGUCUGCUGCCUGGGCUCCUCUAUAACAUCUCCACCCUCUCCCUCAAACACAACAUCAACAACAGCGACUACAGCCGGCCUGCCACCGCACUCAUACGAACCAGGCCGCGGCGGGUGGAGCAGCUGACUGUAGCCAAUGUGUCGUCCUCUGCCGUGUGGCUGCGGUGGCAGGUGCAGGCGGCUCGUCACGCAGCUGUGAGCAGAGUCCUGGUCUCUGUGUUUCCUUCCGGAAACCACACGGAGGUGCUGUCUGCUGUCCUGAACGCCAGUGCCACAGAGCACAGCUUCAGUUCAUUACUUCCUGGUCACAAAUACACAGUGGAUGUUUUGAGUCAAAGUGGUGUCAGGCCUGACGAGUUUCCCUCCACCAGCCACUCAGCUGGACCGCUGAACUUCUGGACAAGACCCCUCCCCCCUCUGAACUUGUCCCUUUCCCACGUGAGCUCUACCUCGGCCCUCAUCACUUGGGCACGCCCCUCCAGGAUGCUUCCGGAUGGUUUUGUGGUGAACGUAACGCGGGGUCUGAACACAAGGAGCCGCUUUCUGCCUAAUGGAAAACUACAAUCCUACACUUUGAGAGAGCUCACUCCAGGACAGCUGUACUAUGUGUCUCUCACUUCAGUGAAAAACACAGGCCACGAGCAGGUGCACAGUGCACCCCAGCACCUCACAUUCUCCACAUUACCAAUGCAAAGUAGGACAGGCAGAAGAAGAGAAGAAAGGCAACGAGCUACAGGUGCCUAUAAUGGACAAACAGCUCCUCCAUCACACACUCAGGACCUGCUAGUGAAUAAAGAGACAGAAAACUCACAAGAACUGCCCAGAUACACAGAACUCAUUGAUAGAAGGGGGAAGAUAACAACUAGAUUAACUAAUAUGCCCAGAAAAGCAAUUCGACAUCGAACAAAACCUGACCCUCCAAUUAGAUUAGAGAAGAUGGAGGAGACAACGAACAAAAUCAGCCUGGCUCUACAGCUCCAGGAGGAGGAGGGCGUGCGGACAGCGCCUGCUGUUGUUCCAGAGCUGCCUCAGGACUGUCGUCGCCUGUCCUGUCUGAACGGGGGCACAUGCGUGGGCGCGGGGGACUCCUUCAUCUGCGACUGCGCCACGGGAUUCAAGGGCAGGCAGUGUGAGCUCUUGUGCCAAAGAGUCCAGCACCCAUGCACGCGGCUAUAUUCAGAAACCAAAAGUGUGCCAGUUUGGGAGGGAGGAGUCUGUCAUUACCUAUACAAGCGAACAUAUAAGGUCCAGCAGGAUGUGUGCUACAGAGAGAUUUGUGAACCUUCACUCCCAAAGAAAAGUCAGAACAGAAGAACAAACAGGCAACAAUAAAGAGCACUCAGAUUCUGACAGAAGUACUGACGUGACUGUCAUGUGAAAACCUCCAAGCUUCAAUGUUGUUGUUUAUAAUCUUCUACUUGAAGUGACUGAUUAUGGACAUUUUUGUGCUGUUGAACCCACUGUAAGGUCUUUUAUUUCAAAAACAGACAAAUGCGUUUGAUCCCUCUCAAGUUAACAUGGUGUGGAAAUAGUUAUUCUUUAUUGGUAAAUAAUCGCAAAUUUUUACAGUCCAUAAUAGAAAGUAUACCAUAUUACCUCAUGUCCACGACAGUGCUGACACAGGAGCAGGUUUGUCCCUCAGGGAAGUGUGCCCCACCGCUGUUUUUACCAAAAAACAUCUUAUUUUAAAAUCCGGACUUGUUCUUGACAAUGACGCACAGUGGUGUCUCUGUAAAAAAUAUCUCACUUUGUGUCUUAGCAGGCGUUUUUGCUUGCUACUCUGUAAAUAGUGUUAAUAGGUUGUUUUGUA